AUGUUCGAGAAUUCAGAGAAUGAAAACUUAAAUCUCAUAAAUCGCUCAUCUUUAAAUAGUGAUGAAAAUGAAGAAGUUUUGAAUUUAUAUGCAGCUUUGACUUUAAACAAAAAGAAAAAAAAUAAGCAAAAAAUCUCGUUGAAGGCUUUAUUACUCCCAACAACCUUUGAAUUUAUUUUGAGGUUGAUAGGACCAAACUUAAAUUCUAUCAAGUCAGUCGCAGGUAGGAAGCCUAUUCCAGCACAAAAUCAAUUGCUAAUGACUCUGUGGAUGAUGGCUACACCAGACUCAUAUAGAUUAGUGCGCACUAAAUUUGAUUUAAAAGCAACAGCAAUUCGGGCUAUGAGACGAGUUACGUAUGCCUUACAUGAGUUAGCUCCUCGAUUUUUCCAAUAACCUCAAAGAAGCAGUGCUACUGAAGUGAUGCAAGCAUUUGAACGUGUGAAUUUCCAAAUGUGAUAGGAGCCAUUGA